GGCUGGAGGAGAUCAGGCAGAACUCAGACGGUUCUUCUCACCUGGAGCACAGAGUCAGAAGAUGAUGCUGAAAGCUCAGAGAUACCAAACCUCCAUCAGUCUGAUAGUGCUGAUGGUGUUAACACUCACACACUGCCAGGAGAACGAGAGGCGGGCAGUAACAGAGCACCAGCUGAUGCAUGACCGCGGCCGCUCCAUCCAGAGUCUGAAGAGACUCAUCUGGCUGUCCAGCGCCAUCGAGGGUCUACACACGGCUCACACUCGCACGCCGUCCACGGACGACCAGCAGCCUGCAGACAGCAGCCUCCACAGGGGGGCGCUAGAGCUGCUGCUGAGUGACAUGUACAGGCCAUACCUCACCACCGGUAUGGGGGAUGGAGAAAAAUAA